CUUCCUUUUCUUGUCUAAUCACACGUCGUGAGCACGUUGUGGUUUUAUAGUUUUUAGUGAAAAAACAAAAAUGUCGUCCCAUUUAAAUUGGAUGAUAAUCAGGAACAACAGCGCCUUCCUGGUGAAGAAGCGUAACAUUAAGAAGCCGUUCAGCAAGGAACCGAACAAUGUGACUAACCUCAACUCCUACAGAUACAAUGGAUUGAUCCACAAAAAAGCAGUCAGUGUGGUCGAGAAUCCUGACAGGAAAGGUUUCACAGUUGUGUACAAGAAAGCUAAGGCAACACAUAAGCCCGCGAAGAACAUUGUGCGUCGUCCAUUCAAAGCCGGCGCGAGGCGUUCCUUGUUCAAGGUAAAGAGGCUGCUCAAAGCCAACAACUACCGUACCGACUUGACCACAGCCACACUCCGCCGUGCAUCCGCCAUCCUUCGUUCUCAAAGGCCCAUUAAAGCGAAGAAACCUAAAGCAGCGGCGGCAAAGAGUGAAUAAUUCAUGUAUUUAAGCUGACAAUAAAAAAUUAAAAGUU